AUGGAUUCACUACGGAUUCGACGGAAGGCAGGACCAACAUCCGUCAGCACCAAGAACCAUGAGCGGUUCUACCCCGCGAAGUCAGUUAGCAACCGCCGGCUAUCGGAUGCAACAGACUUCUUCGAUACCGACUUCGAAGCAAGUGACUCGGACGAGGAAUCACUCCGACAAAGUCUACAGUCGUUUGCAUAUGACAGCAACACAACCAUCUCAACCCCGGAGCUCCACACGCCCGAGGAAGCCCCGAAGCAGGUGCCUGAUAUCACUAUUGACAAAUCCGCAGUGAGAGGCCCCAAUGGCCCUCACUUGUUCCGGAACUCUCAGGGGUCCACAAUUUAUGAACCAUCAACAGCCGAGAUCGAUCUGUAUUUCGAGCGUUCUCCUCUACAGUCCGAAUUCUCUCGGUCGAUUGAUAGCUCCCGAUCGCUGGAUACACCCAACCGGCUCUUCCCCUUCUCGCCUAAGACCCCUAAGGCCCUGUCGACGGUACAUCCUGAUGUGUCACAAGUUAGCGAGGAGGAGAUUCGGAAUUGGAAGACCAGCCAGGUUGCCCACUGGCUGUAUAUCGCGGGCUACAACGAUGCUGUCAUCGAAAAGUUCAUCGUCAACGAUAUCUCCGGCGCUGUCCUUCUCAGUCUGCAGGUUGACGACCUCAAGGAACUGAAUAUCUAUUCCUUUGGCAUGCGUCACCAGAUCAUGGGCUCAAUUGAUCACCUCAAGAAGACCAUGCGGACAGGUGCACCUGCGGUGCCUGACACUCCUGAACUUCCUCUGACUGGCAAGUCUCAGCAGCAGUCGGAGCCUCAGAUUCAGGCGAGGGCUCCUCCAGCACGUGGCUCUCAUGACAGACGCUCUUAUGUAAUGUCCGUAUCUCCAACGGGCGAGGUUCUGUCCAAGCAUGCAUUUGGACAGAUAGAUACAGUGAAGGGCAACCAGAUUACGCCGCAAGAGUCCGUCUCGAUUGUUGGCAUUGAACAAAUCCUCCCCAAGCCUCACAGUUGCUCCAAAGGCGAGAACUGUUCAAAGUGGAAGCGACAGCAGAAGAUGCUAGAGAAGUUUGCGACUGAGUUCCCUGACGCUGUGAUCCAAGAAGGCGCCAUAAUUACAGGCAGCCCUGGAAAUCCGGAGACGGCCAGAAAUCUUCUGCGGCCAAAGUCCACCAGCGAGCCCUCGGUUGUAGCCUCUUCGGAUGUACUAGGUCCAUCUCAGCCUCCCAAGCUCUCUCUGGAAGCCCUCAGCGAAGUGAAGAAACUGGAUCCUCAAGAAACCGUUCGCAACUUCCUGAAUUAUCAGCACUGUGAUGGUCAGCCCAAGCCUACUCUCCCAGGCUUGAUCACCUCUGAUAUUCCCCAUGAAAAUUCUGAUGCUGAGUUCUCGCCGCAAUUGAAGAACAUUGCUGAGCAUCUCCGUUCCCUUCCCAAACUCACGAUCCCCACGACCCCAGACACUGAGGAUAUUACUACUGCUGUUACUACCAAUCGCUCUAUGACCCCAACGCAGGCAUCUCAGGUAUAUGGAUCUCCUACUGCUGUUCAACAAUAUGGCCCCUUUAGCCAGGCGAGGAAGAACUCAGUUGACUACUACCGUCAAGGCACGCCAUUCUCCGAGAUGGAUGUCCCCAUUACAGCCAUCCCUAAUGGACCAAUUGCCCGUGAUGUAUCUCAAUCUGUGCCCCCAGACAUGCAGUACGGAACUCUCUUUCCCUCCGUAUCGGGAACCCCUUACUCGCAGUGCCUCUACCCGUCCCCGCCCGACGCAACCCCUCCGCCGGACCUGAGCAAGAGCCCCCGUACCCAACAGCACAUCCACAGCUCCUCCCAGUCAUCUCUCGCGUCUGACCCCGACGUAACCCACAGCGGCUGGAUGAAGAAGCGCAAGACCACGCGCCUUCUCCGGCACGAGUGGCAAGACGCCCACUUCACCCUGCGGGGAACCCAUAUCGCGAUGCACAAGGAUAUCCAGGAUGCUCACCGCAACUCACGCGCACUGGAAAUCAUUGAUGUCGAUGACUAUGCCGUCGCUUGCUCGUCGCUGGCGACGAGCUCCAAGUUGACAGCGGCGUUCAAGCGCUCCAUCCUCCGCAAUGGGAAUACUCUCGGCGGUGCCACUGAUGAUAACGCCUUUGCUUUCUCCCUCAUCCCUGCUGUUAAAGAGCGUGAGAAGAAGGCUCUUUUUGGCAAUGGUAUCAAAAGCCACCACUUUGCUGUUAAAUCCCGCGAGCAACGCAUUGAAUGGAUGCGCACUGUAAUGCUUGCGAAGGUUGCUCAGAAGAAGAGCGACGAUGAGCAGAUUCAUGUUAACGGUGUUCCUAUUUGA